CGGGCUAUUUAUGAAUAAUACGGCCCGAUGGCUUCAAAUCUGAACGCAUCUUCGCGAUCUUUGUUUCUUAUGUCCACUGUACUUCAAGGUACGUACCGGAACUGGUCAGGUAUGACAUAGCCUAGUGUAUCAAGUUUCGGAUAAGGUAACUUAAGCCUUGAGGUUUCGAAGAGCCUCUUACACGGCAUCUAAGCAAUAUCGCGCGUUUAGCUGGCUGCCAGAGACCCUGAAAAUUAGAAGUUCUCUGUUGCGCUUCUAAAAUGGGCACUUCAGGCGCUGAUUUGGACGCUUCCCACGCGUCGGAGAUGUUGCUGCCAAGACCACGGAGAAGUAGAAUGGAAUCCAACGGCAAAGGAAUCGUGGCCGCAAAUGCUCUAAAAGGAGAGCCUCCCGCAUCGGCUCUCUCGAGCGGGCGGACCACACCAAUUCCAUCCGAUGCGCCGCCAUCAACCCAGGCGACGUCGUCGGUCCGGAAACAAAUCCGGGCGCAGAACAAGUCGCGUCUGUUCCCGACUAUCGACUAUGCGCCGCGCGUGUCGCAUUUUGACCCGCGAAGUGAGUACACCAACUUCCGGGGGUUCUUCGUUCUCUUCUGGAUUUCCCUGGCGAUCAUGGCGAUCACCGCCAUACUUCGGAGCUUGAAGGAGACGGGGUAUCCUUUGAAUGUCAGUCAAUGGUCUCUGUUUACGGAGAAUAUUGGGGAGCUAGCGUUAAGCGACCUGCUUAUGGCGGCAAGUACAGUGUUGUGUUUGCCGUUACAUCGUCUAUAUAUGUCCGGAAGUUCCAUACUCAGAUGGAGUAAAUCCGGAAUAGUCAUUCAAGCUAUCUUUGAGGGGAUGUGGUUGGUAUUUUGGGUUUGCUGGCCUUUUCUUCGGACGUGGACAUGGACGGCGCAAGUCUUCUUCACGCUCCAUAUCCUUUCAUUAUUCAUGAAGAUGCACUCAUAUGCGUUCUACAAUGGGCAUCUAUUGGAGACCCGACACCGACUGCUUGGACUAGACUCCCCUUUAGCGGCAGCGUCUACAUCCGCCACAGAAUCAGCCGCAGUCCGAUAUCCAUCGGCCUGGUCCGAGAAGAUGCCGCCCGAUGGGAGAAGACCCUCCAAAGAGAUCAACGUGAAUGGAAUAGUUCACUCUGCAGCUGUUGAACAAUUGCGAGAAGACCUAGCUUUGGAGCUCACAUCGCCGCUGGGUCGAAUAAGCUACCCGGCCAAUCUAACCUACCUGAAUUUUGUCGACUAUCUUCUCUGCCCGACCCUGUGCUAUGAAUUAGAGUACCCGCGGAUGCCGACCAGGGAUUAUAUGAACCUAUUCUACAAAUCCCUCGCCGUAUUCGGCUGCAUCUUCCUCCUGACCGUCACCUCCGAAGAGUUCGUUAUCCCCGUCCUCGCCGAGUCCUCCGCGCGCCUCCACAUGAUGCCGCCGCCGACCCUCUCCGAACAAGCCCUCAUCCUCGCUGAGACCAUCUCCGGCCUCCUCUUCCCCUUCCUCAUCAACUUCCUCCUCGUCUUCCUCGUCAUCUUCGAAUACCUCCUCGGCGCCUUCGCCGAGAUCACCGGCUUCGCCGACCGCCAUUUCUACGACGACUGGUGGAACUCGCGCGACUGGCUCGAGUUCUCGCGGCAGUGGAACAUCCCCGUGCAUCAUUUCUUCCGGCGCCAUGUCUACGCGGCGCUGAGCAGGCCGGUUCCGCUUAGCGAUGCCAAGCCGCCGACGUCGAGGCCGGUGGCGACGGCCAUUACUUUCUUUGUGAGUGCGAUUGCGCAUGAGUUGGUGAUGGGCUGCAUCACGAAGAAGUUGAGAGGAUAUGGAUUUGUGAUGAUGAUGAUGCAAAUCCCGAUCGUUAUGGUUCAGAGACAUCCCCUGGUGCGGGGAAGAACUUUGUUGAAUAACGUUCUGUUUUGGUGUUCAAUGAUUCUCGGACUCUCCAUGAUGUGUGCAUUAUACGUCCUAGUCUAGGACAUCUAAGCGCUUUUAUAGUUAUAGAAAUCCCAUCUCACUAGACAUUUUCAAUGUGAAAGGGAGAGCAAUCUCCCGUGUUUAAUCUUCUCAUUCGCCUGUGCUGCAUACACACUAUCCUUGAAAUCGUAAAACGACAACAUCAGCGGCCGAACGUCCACGUUCGACCCCGCCCUCCCACCAGAAUGCGUCCCACCCUCAGGUCAUUCGAAGAUGCACGGCACAAAGACAAGACGACUGGAUAAUGCUUGUUCACGCGGGCUCGGACCAAUCCACCUGUUCGGUGAUCGGAGCGCCACCAU